ACCCACCUAGGUAGCGAGCAACCGUGCAUGGACAUGGAACCUCCCUCCCUCGUCUCCGUCCUUGGAGUCUUCCUCAAACCACUUUUUAAGCUGCGCUACCCUAAUUUCCGUCUCAACCCAUCCCAUCCCAUUUAGUCCUGACGUAUACACGACAUAGCAUUUCUUACUACGACUACCUUGACUCACAUCUCAGCGUCAUUGUUUACUCACCUCCGAAGAUCCGUGGCCUUGAUCUUGAUGCAAGCCGUCUGUUGAGCUGAGCUGGCCUUGCGCCGCUUUCGAUCUAGUCAAGCUUAAACCAGCCCGUCAUGUUUGGAGGUUCAAGGAGGCAUCGUCCUCCCACUCAGGUGAGCCGUCUUCCUCCUCUGCGCUGUUCACUGUUUAUUGCGGCUCUUAUAAAACCGGUUUUGGCUUUUGGCUUUUCGCUUUUCGCCCGCCACGGAACCCGCUCUGGUAGGCAAAAGCCAUCAACUUAAGCUCACCCACUACCUAUCGAGACUUGCCGCAUUUGCCCAUGUCUUUGAUUGUUGUCUUUGGCCUUUAUCCCUUGAUGCGACGCUCCCCCUCUCCAUCCAAUUCUCGUUUCCUUUCCAUCGCUUUCGCAAUUACACGUUGUUGCUAACAUGGCGCUCUCAUCUCAGCCGUUGACCCGGGAGACUGCCAAUCCCAAUGCUGCGACAGCAGCCGCCUCGGCCUUUCUAAGGCGUGAAUCGACGCCAUCUCUGUCAUCAGCUGCUGCGGCUGCAGCUCUCAAGGCUCGACCUACAACCCCCACCAAUGUAUCGCAGGUGCAAUCAAAACGAGUUGCGCGGAGGAGCGCUUCCGUCUCGUCUACGGGAAGUCGGGACAGGAGGAGUCGGGAACUACAUCGAUCGCCAAGCGCGAGCUCUAUGACAGAACGGACCUUUCGAUCACCCUCACCUUCGCCAGCUCGGUUCGCUGCCCCGCAAGCCCAGGAUGUUCCUCCAGUGCCCAAGAUUCCCCAGCAUGAGCACAACAAGACCAAUCCGAAGAGCUCGGCCCACAAACGAGCAACAAGCUUGCAAACACAACAUUUCCAAACCGCAAGCCAAAAGAUGAAAAACGGUCAAACUCAAGGUUCAUGGUUUGGGGCAGCUACGGGAAACGAUUUGUCUAACGUGCGUCGCGCCCCUGUGGCUGAUAAACGGGCAUCAGCAGAUUUACGGCCAAGCAGUCCGAACUCUAUCAAUUUCUCGUAUCCUCGCUCUAUGACAGAGUCUCCAAGCCCAUCAAAUAAUGCAAUGGUGUACGAUCCCAAUUCGAGACGGAUGGUUCCUCAGGCACAGCUUUUGAUGAUAGAUCAGACUGUCCGUGAUGCAUCGGAGAAACCUGUUCGCAAGGAAAAGCAUGAUGGUUCCAGGACUGGCACUCACUUGUCCAAGGGAACCGUCGGGAGACUUAAGGGCACUGCAGUCGAGCCAGCCUCACCACCACCAAAGGCAGUCGCAAGCCCACAAAGCCCUGCGAAUACCUAUGCUGCGACAACACAACAGCCUGGGCACCCAGAGGCUGGCCUUGAAUCUGAGCUCGAAUCAGAUCCUGAGUCUGAGCCAGGGACUAAGCGUGAGGCGAAGCUUGAAACCAGCUCCAACUCCAACCUAUCAACUGGACAAACAUUGAUUCAGCAAGAACAAGAACAAGAUGUCGAGCCAUCGAGCCAGACUAUUGUAAUCCCACCAGCAGUAACAAAGCCUGAAGCAUCGGUCAGAAAGCGCCCCUCUGUAGUGCAUGAAGACCCCGAACUAGAGGGGAGGGAACCACGAGAUGCUGCCCAGCCGGCGCCUGCUAACGGACGCCCAAUGGAUGGAGUAGAUGCCAUCCCUGUGAAAUCAACCCCCCCACCUCAACAGUCACCAGAAGCUGCACCAGUCCCAGGUCCCAGUGAGACUGUGCGCCGAAGCCGCGUCCAUUCUGAGAGUCCUGCCCGCAGCCCUGCUCGUACAACCCAUUUUGCACCCAAGACCGAUCAGCUACUCGUUAGGCAUGAGCCGCCUCCAAGGUCGUUGUCGCCACGAAAAUCCGCACUUAAGUACUCAAGUCCUCGGGAUGCAUCUCCCUCUGAAGAUGGCUCAGAUGCGUCUGCUGCCUGGUCAGGUAUGGCUGGGCAUGAGGAGACAGAACUCUCGCGGAAGAAGAGCGUCAGGGUGAGCUUUGAUGAUGGAAACACGGCUGUUAUAGGGGAGUCUAUUCCAUCUUCAGAUACGGACUCGCCACAAAUAGCCAGCCCACAGUCAAGAAAGUCUUGGCACAGCAUCAUUGGGCGAAACAAAAGAGACUCAGUAACUCUGGACGAGGAUGAAACCAUGACACCUCGUCCUGCUCUCCCCUCUUUUGGGAGUAUUCGCGAGAAGAAGGUCAGGGAGCCUGAAGAGCGGCCUUUAGUCCGCCCUAUGGAGAGAUCGGCUUCACCUCCGGCUACAGAUUCGUUGCCUUCAGAAUCGAAUCACAAAGCUCCUGCCCAAGAUUUGGCGCAGUCAAGUGAUCUGGCUAUUGGAUACCGGGAACCACUGCCCCCUGUGGUCACUUCCGUUGAUGGCCAAGGGUAUAUAAGCAAUAGUGACCUGAGCUCUGAUGAUGAAUCCGAAUCAGGGGUUAUGUCUAAAUCCCAAGCUUCUGCUGACCCUGUGUCCGAGACCCAAACAACUAUUAGCAACCCCGGCAGCCCCUCUGAGAGUAGCUCGACAAAGUCAAAUCCAAGCGACAACAUUCCAACCAUUUCGAUAAUACAGCCCAGUCCUCGGAUUCCCGAUGAGAAUCAGGCAGAGUCGCCGCAAGACUUCUUCGAUGUUCCUGGGGGCUUCCCAACCGGCCCGACUGAUGCUCCUAGUGAGAGGGCUAUCUCCGAGGACGCCAAGGUAUCCUCAACAGAGCCUCGCCCCAGUCAAUCGCCUAAAGGAGCUGAUCAGCCCGCGCCCAUUGUAACUCGUCGGUCCUUCGAUUCCACCAGUGCUGUUUCUUCAAAUUCUCAGAUGCAUGAUAUCCAGGAAGAGUCGGAAGAGUCGGAUGGGAGCAGCAUCUAUAGUGACGCCUAUGAGGAUCUUUCUGACAUGGAAGGUGAUGGUUUCUUGUCCCUUGACGCUGUAGUUGAUAGCCCCGUCGAAUCAGCAUUCUCUCAGAAGGUAUUUGAGAAGGCCAUUGCAAAAUCCAAGGAAACCGAUGCCUCUCAGCAGUCCACGCCUACAAAGACUCCCUCUCAGAAGCCUCUUCAAACGCCCAGUGACUGGGAAACGGCAAAGGCUUAUUGGAGAAGUUUGAGUCCCAAGGACAGACGCCAACUCGAGAAGGAGGCCAUGGACUCUGACGAGGACAUUCCAGCAGAGGCAGCCAGACGUUCGAAACACAAGACAAAGACUCAAACGAAGCAAAAGCAGAAACUUGUUGAAGACCCUGUGCAAGAGCCCCUGGACACUUCAAAAAAUGCGCCUGUCUCAGAAAAGUUUCGCAACCCAACAAGAAUCUACCAAAUUCAACCAGGUACUAGUUGGCCUCGUGAUGAGGUUGAGAAGCCUCUUGUUAAGGCACCCGUUACAGAGAAAGGAAAGCAGGCUGGAGGCGCCAAGCUGCGAAAAUCCAUGAGGGCUGCUGAGGCUACAACAGCCAGUCAUUCUGAGCCAGUCCAAACCGGGGGAAUGCGCAAAUCUAUGAGAUCCGGCGCUGCUCCUUCAAACCCACAGAACUCGCACGAUGGACAUUUACGCAAGACCCUUCGUCAAGAGCCUGAGGCUACGACUGGUGUAGCGAUGCGCAAGUCGCUGAGGGCCAACGGUUCUGCGGCUAAUGGGCACAAUACUGCUUCUACUCAGAGAAAUGGUGCUCGGCCAGCGUCUUAUCAGCCAGCGACCACGUCGGAAACGGUCAAAUCGCAGCGUCGAGCACAUUCUGAAGACAGGGGCCCUACUAUGCGAUCUACUGCGAAGCCAACCCUUGCACGACGAGGAUCCGACUCGAGCGAAAGCAGCUUCCGACGUGCAAAGGCUGGCGGCGGAGAAGGCUUUGGCUUCCGUAGGACAAUGAGAGGAAGUACACGGGAACAGACGGCAGCAGCGCCUCCGCCAGAAAGCGCGAGGGGCAGCAGCCGAUUCAGUCUUCGGUCUCUGUCGCCUACUGGAUCAGCCUUUCGCCGCAAUUCCAACACUAGCUCUCCUCCUCCAGUUAUGAUGAGCGGUCGUAUGCGUCAGUCACUACGCGCUGAGCCCAGUGAUGCAGGUUCCUCUCGCAUGCGGGUUUCUGGGUUUGGCCGCUCGUCCAAGGGCAAGAAAUCCAAGAGCGGCAGCCGCUUUGAUGAUUCGAGUGAUGAGGAUGAGGGCCGCCCAGCCUUCAGGAGUCGUUUCGUCGACUCAAGUGACGAGGAUACUCCUUCGCCACUUCCCAAGCAGAAGCGUGUACCUAAAACAAUGCGCAGUUCUGCCUCAAACAAUGCCGCUGCUGCCGCUAUGGGGGUCCCGCCUGCUCGUGCAGGUGUCCAAGACUCUCCUGAUCUUCCUGACAGCGAUGACGAGGAAGAGCAACCUCGGGAGAAUGCUGCUCCCAAUGGGGCGGCUAUCGCAGUUCCUCGGGCAACACUGAAUCGAAGCGGUUCGGGGCGAGACGCGAUGGCGCCGCAGGCUAACAGCGUCGAGAUAACAGGUGGACGACCAGGUCACAAACGACGUGGCAGUUUCAUGUCGUCCAUUCUACGUCGCAAGAAGGAUCCUGCUGACAAGAUCUCUCGAAGCACGAGUGAAAGCGCAUCGCGUCGGGACACGCACCUGGAACGAGGCCCUGAGCGACUCGCUUUUAUUCGAAGCAAUAGUGAGAGCCAGGCACAUAGCUCACGUCUACACAAACGCGGAGCAAACUGGCCUCUCCAGGACCAUCAGAACACUCACGAAGAGGAGGAUCAGUUCGACGACGGCUCUCAAAAUACGUACGUCGUUGACGAAGAGAAGCGCCCGUCCACCGCUGGCGGUCUUGGUCCUGCUCCGUCCUCCCCAACAACAAAGACGGGCUUCCUUAAGCGUCGCAGUACUUCCCACAGCCAAAUUGAUGCUGCUAACCACGGCGUCUCAGCUUCGAUCGACGGCUCAGAGGUCGGCACGUCCAAGAAGAAGAAGUUUGGCACACUGCGCAGGAUGUUCAAGCUUGAUGAUUAGUAACGUAUCAUGUUGGCUUUCCUUGGGUACCCUUUUCCUCGUACCAUGCAUGAAUCAUGCUUUGCUAUAUUACACACCAAACUUAUUCCUCUUCUUGAGAAACCCAACACACUCGCUCAAGCAUCGCUCUCUUCGCAAAGCGAGUUCUCAUUCCGUCCCCUAUUAUAACGCGUCAUCGAUUUUUGGUAUAAGUAAUGGAUUGGGAACUGGUUAAGUCGGUUGGACAAAACAUGUGGUGCAAACCUUGGAUUACAAAAAGAUUAAGAGUAAUAUCUAGUAGCUAUUUAUUCCUAAGUUCUCCAGUUUCAUGGCUGUAGUAUUAGAUACCAGUAUUAUCAACAUAGCGUUAACAGUUGGGAUAUUUCCUUCGCGCAAAAAGUCACUCGAUUCCCAAAACAUAUUUGCCUACUUUGGUGCUUGCUUCGUCUGUCAAUCGCCAACCUCGCACCGUAACUCAGCGU